AUGUCGGGAGCUUCGACGAAGAGACAGCGAACGCAUCCCCACUACGAACUCCUGUACCACCCCGGCAUUCCUGGGCGCGGUGAAUUCGUCCGUCUGGUGCUCGAAGCAAGCGGCGUGCCGUACACCGACGUUGCCAAUGAAAGCAAGGACGGCUACUCCAAAGUGCAGCAAUACUGCAUGGACCAAUCCAAAGAGUAUACAGGAGACGAGGCGCCGGUCUUCUCCCCGCCGGCGCUGAGAGUGCUCAAGGCGGGCAAGGACGGGAAAGACAUGGUCAUCCAUCAGACGCCGAGCAUCUUGCUGUAUCUCUCGGAGCGAACGGGAAUGGUGCCGGAGGGGGACGAGGAGGCGAAGGUGUACGUGAACGAGGUGGCGCUCACGGCGUUGGAUCUGAACAAUGAGGUGCACGACACGCAUCAUCCACUCGGAAACGCGAAAUACUACGAGGAGCAGAAGGAGGCUGCGCUGAGCAAGGCGGAAGACGUGAGGUCGACGCGCUUGCCCAAGUUCUUCAGCUACUUCACGCGAGUGCUGGGCUACAACGCGGCGCAGGGAGGAGGCAAGUAUCUGGUGGGCAAUGCUUUGACGUAUGCGGACACGACGGUCUGGCAAGUGGUGGAUGGCUGCUUCUUUGCCUUUCCCCAGGAGAUGAAGGCGCGGAAGAAGGAGUUUCCCGAGUUGCUGGAUGUCUUCUACAACAGCGUGAAGAACGAGGAGAGGCUGAAGGAGUACCUGGCGAGCAAGAGGAGGCUGCCGUAUGGCAUGGGCAUCUUUCGCCAUUACCCGGAGCUGGAUAGGCAAAGGCUGGCGUCGUUCCACACGGACCAUCCCGAUCCGGCGCCUCCUCCAUCAUGGAGCUCCGGCACCAAUAAGUUCUCCUCCACCACACUCUCGAGUCCGCUUCCCCCGAGACCACACCACGCCAUGGCUUCCGCAGCCUCCAUCAUCUUCUUCGUGGUAGCAUUGUUGGCCAUCUGCGCUGCCACCCUCCUCCUCAUUCGCCACUAUCUCCGCCUUCGAUCCACCCCCUCCUACCUCCUCAUCCCCGUCUUCCUCGGCCUCGCGCUCCCAUGCAGCAUCAUCCUGCUUGUGCCCAUAGACUUGGCGUCGGCAGACGGAAGUGCUGCGAGCGGCAUCGUCUUGCCGGAACGGAUAGUCCUGGUGGCAUGGCGCAUCACAUACUGGCUCACCUUCCUCCUGACCUGGUGGCUGCUGCCUCUGUUGGGCGAGUAUUGCGACUCCGGCUACCGAGACCCGCAGAGUCGAGUGAUAUACUCCUUGAGGGAAAACGCCCGCUACUCGCUCAUGGUGCUCGGCGUUGGGGUGGCCGGUCUGGUCUACUUCAUCCUUCAGAAUGGUGUCCAUGGCGCGAGCAUCAAGGGCAUGGUCAUGGCGUUGGCCUAUGCUUUCGGCUUGAUCCUGGCCAUAGGUCUGAUGGGCCACGGCCUGGUCGCACUACCGAGACGCCUCUACAAGGCGGCAAGAGUCGGCGAUCGCUUACGCGGAUUGCAGAUGCAGGCGCCCAAGACAAAGGAGAAGCUGGACGACGCAACGGAGUCGCUGAACACCCUGGAAGACACUGUCAUCCAGCUCAAGCAGCGGAAACACGGCACACCCAAAGAUUUGCAGGACUGGAUUGACGAGCUCGCCGAUACUACCUCACCGCCUGGGCCCCGAGCUGGCGCCGCCGCGGCCAUCCACGCAACAAAUCCUGUCAUCCCGGCGGUGGUGACGGAGCGCUACCUCGCCGAUUUGACGAGGAAACUGAAGCGAGGCCGACACAAACAGGCACGUUUCGUGGACGAAUGGACGAAUCUGUGCCAGCAAGCACAGGAUUGCCAGACUAUCCUCGAUGCCGCGUCUUCGCAAAGACUGGACUUCAGUCAGGUCUCGCCGCAUGCCCGAAGCUAUUUGAGCCGGCUCAAAUUCGUCACUCCAGCGAUGCGGUAUCAACUCUAUGCUAGGGUGCUCCCAGUCAUGCAAAUUGCAAGCGCCGCCUUCCUCGCCAUCGCGUCGCUUCUGAUCAUCUGGAGCGAAAUCGUGCGCUCGUUUGCGCCGAACAUCUCGAUCGUCGGGCUCACUGUUGUCCAUCACCCCAACUCGGACACUGGCAAGAUUGGUCUGGCUGGCCAAAUCAUUGCCGCGGCUUGGCUACUCUACAUGGACGCCUGCGCACUCUACGCAAUCUCCGACGUCAAGGUUUGGGGCAAUCGCGCACUUGUGAAGAGAAACACCUACGCCGAAAGCGCAUGUUGGUACAGCUUGCAAGUGGCCAAGCUCACUGUGCCGCUCAGCUACAAUUUCAUCACGAUGCUCCGACCGAGCGUGUACGAACAGACGUCAUUCUACAAAUUCUUGGGCCAGCUCAUCAACCUGACGCCUCUGGGCAAAGGCUUCAGUGCCUUCUUCCCCUGCUUUCUGUUGAUUCCGGUAUUGGCAACGGCAUUCAAUUUGUAUGGCAAGGUCAAGAAUGUGUUUGGUUUUGGCAUUCUCGAAGACGAGAGCGACGAGAAUCCAUCGGGAUUCGGCACAGGGGGAUGGCGGGAAGGACGCGCUCUGAUUGAGCGAGAGCUACAACGGAGAGGUGAAGGGGCGGGCACAGUUGGACUGCUGGAUAGAGAUGCGUCUCUGGACCUGGAACGAGGCGCAAGAGGCACUGCUGCAGCCGCAGUACCGACGCCGAGAGCGCCGCUCAUCGAAUCGCAGCGCGAUGCUCCCAUGCCCUCACAUAUCCAAGAAGCACAUCGACAGUUCAACUCCAUCACUAACCAGGAGGAAGUCGUGGACGAGAACGACAACAGUGCUCGACACUUCUACCAAGACUUCACGGAAAGGGUAAUGAACACGAUCGACGGCGUGGAUCGCCCGGACUGGAUGCGCAAUCUGGGCAGCGGCUUCAAGAAGCCCAAGUGGAUGCAAAACGAUGACAGGGAUGACGAGGGCGGAUCGAAUUUGAAGAAGUGGUUUGGGGGAAGAGCAGAGGGCGGCCGGCUGAGGCUGUGA